CUAUCUUAUCCUGGGCCACUCAAUAUUUCACCUUAUCUCCCAAUAAUCGUGACUUCAAAGUUCUAACUCAUAAAUCUUUCCCUCAUCUCCAAACGCAAACCAUAUUCACUCACCAAAAAUGGAAUUUCCUCACGUAUCCGCUGCAAUCCUAGCCCUCCUCUUUCUCUUCUACGCUCUCUUCACCAUAUCCUCAAGAUUCGGCACUCGUCGGAAGAAUCUGCCACCGGAAGCCGGCGGUGGCUGGCCGGUGAUCGGCCACCUCCAUCUACUAAGCGGGAAAGAGCCAGCUCACGCAACCUUGGGCAGAAUGGCCGACGCUCAUGGCCCAAUCUUCAUGUUAAGAUUCGGCAUGCACAGAGCCCUGGUGGUGAGCGGCUGGGAAAUAUCAAGGGAGUGCUUUACGACCAACGACAAAAAGUUCGCAUCCCGCCCCAAAGUUGCCGCCGCAAAGCUCCUCGGCUACGAAUACGCCAUGUUCGGAACAAGCCCGUACGGUUCGCACUGGAAACACGUGCCCAAAAUUGUGACGCUGGAAGUCCUGGCGAACCACCGUUUGGAGAAGCUCCAACACAUCAGAAAAUCGGAGGUUGAGAGUUCGAUUAAGAGACUGAAUGAAUUAUGUGUGAUCAACGAAGGAGGCGGCGGGAAAGCGUUGGUGGAGAUGACGACGUGGUUUGGGGACAUAACGCUGAACACGAUAUUCAGGAUCGUGGUUGGAAAGCGGUUCUCCACUGCUUUUGAGGGCAGCGGUGGGGAGCAGUAUCACAAGGCUUUGAGUGAUUUCUUUGAUUUGUUUGGGGCAUUUAUUCCGUCGGAUUCGUUUCCGUUUCUGAGUUGGUUGGAUUUGGGAGGGUAUGAGAAGGCUAUGAGGAACACGGCGAAGGUGCUUGAUGAGGUGCUUGAUAAAUGGCUGAAAGAGCAUCGGGAGAGGAACAGUUUUGAUGGAGUGGAGAUGGAGGAGCACGACUUCAUGGACGUGAUGUUGUCUACCGUUAAGGAUGAUGAACUUUCCGGCUACGAUGUCGAUACCGUCGCUAAAGCUACGUGUUUGGCUUUGAUAUUGGGUGGAUUUCACACUACAUCGGUAGAAAUGACAUGGGCUCUUUCUUUACUCCUCAAUAACGAAGAAGCACUCAAGAAGGUCCAACUUGAAUUAGACGAACAGGUUGGGAGAGAAAGACAAGUGAAUGAAUCCGAUAUAAAAAAUCUGAUAUAUCUCCAAGCUGUUGUGAAGGAAACAUUGCGUUUGUACCUAGCGGCACCGCUCUCAGUCCCUCAUGAAUCUAUAGAAGAUUGUACUGUUGCAGGGUAUCACAUCCCAAUAGGUACACGACUGUUUGUGAAUCUUCAUAAGCUCCAAAGAGAUCCACUUGUGUGGGAGAAUCCUGGUGAAUUUUGUCCAGAGAGGUUUAUAACAAGUCAAAAGAAUUUUGAUGUUAAAGGACAAAAUCCCCAAUUGAUACCUUUUGGAGCUGGUCGAAGAAUUUGUCCUGGAAUGUCAUUUGCCAUUCAAGUUAUGCACUUGACGCUUGCAAAACUACUUCAUGGUUUUGAAAUUAAACGUCCAUCCGAAGAACCACUCAAUAUGGAAGAGAGCGCCGGAUUAAACAUUACCAGAAAAACACCACUUGAGGUUGUUUUAUCUCAACGUCUUUCUGCUCAAAUUUAUGAAUAAUUCCAUGAUAAAGUCACGAAAAAAGUAUAUGCUUGAAAUGAAAAGUAAAUAAGAAACUAUGUCUUUUUCUUUUAUA